AUGGUGACUUGCCUCCGCUGAACUCGGUAGGGAUAGUUCUUGAAGGGUAAGAAAACGGACAAGAUGUGGGCGAAAGUGUGGAUCUUGCCGCUGUGCACGAUGAUGGUGGCCACAUUCAGCGCUUCGUUCGCCUUCGGCCAAACGUGCAGCUGUGGUGGACCUACCGUUGAUAGUCCUUCGGUGGCAGAUAUCGACGUUUUGCAAUGCGGCGCGGCUGAUGGUACCACUGAUUGCGGCGGUAAUAUCUGCGUUUGCAACUACGACAUUUCGAUUGAUGUGGACCUCGUUGCCUUCCUCGCUGGCACUGGUGAUGUCAGCAUAUCGUGGUACUGCGAUCACGGUGGCAACGAUGGCUACUGCACAACGUGCACCGAAGCUACCCAAGACACCGAUUGCCCCACUGAUGAAAAGCCGAUCUGUUGCCCGGAAACUGGGCUUUGCUCGCACGAGCCUACCGACGACGAUGCCGGCGCUUGUGGUGAUCCUCACAUGACUGGAUUCCUUGGCCAAAAGUUCGACUUCGUUGGGCAGGACGGUGAAUGGUAUGCCGUUGUUUCGGAUAUGCCUGAUCUUGAGGUCAACAUGCGCGUGACCUCCCCCGUUCCUGCUGAACCCGAGAUCACCUACAUCACCGGACUUGGGAUCAAGACAAGGGACAUCGAGGGAUUAGACCACUCCCUUGUCAUCACGGUCACGGACCCGCACAGUUUGGACAGCGCCUGUCCCGUUCAAGGCUCAACUUGCCUGGCUGACGGCGCUCUGACUGUUGAGCUUGAUGGUGACGUUGCUCUUCUGUCUCCCGGAGAGGCCGAGCUUGGACCUGGUGUGGCAAUCUCUGCGGUCAACCUUCCUGGUGCUUGCAGGUCUUUCGGGUUCGAGAAGUACUGGGAGCGAAAGAAAGCAGAGUACGUGGCCAGCGGCCGGAGGCUGAACAACGACUUGCAAAUGCAGGAGAUGUCGGACUGGAUCCUUGGUGAUCCUACCGCGACCAACAUGGCUGAGUGCACGGAAUACGUGUUGGGUGCGACUGUUGACGGCCAGGCUGGAUUGUUCGAGUAUGAUUCGGAACACACGUCAUUCCAAAUCGUGACUCCCAAGGGAACCAUCCGCCUCAGUCACGGCCGCCUCCACCAGCUCGCCAUGCGUGACCCUACAGACAGGUUCGAUAUCCCUGACCACCUCACGUGGCAGAUGAACCUUGCCUUUGACAACGUUGACCUGGCUGUGGACGCCACGGGUAUUCUCGGCGAGACGCAGCAGCACACCCUUGACGCCAACGGCAACCCUAUCAUGGAGGGGAUGGCUGCUAUCCGUGGGUCGCAGGAAGACUACCUUGUUGACGGCCCCUUGGACAACGUGUUCGUCGCAGCCCGUAACCACCCUUAGGUCACCGUCGACCAUAUUCGUGGGUGCUGGGUUGCUAGUUCCAUAUCUUUACGAGAAUUUGCCGACUUUGUUGUUUUUUCUGCGUUCCCUUGGCUUGUAAUUCGGCGUCUUGAAUUGGUUGGUUCCUCGACGUGGUCAGCUGGUCGUGUUAAACUGGGUUGUGCACGUAAUUAUUGUGCAUAUUUACAUUAUUCGACACCAUUCUCCGUAAUGGAGUGGUCGCCGUUUAAUGUGGCCUGCCUCAGCUCCCACACGCUUGCAUUGUGCCUGGGUGGCCCUGUUCCACUCGCUGGACGUUCCAAGACUAGGACUAGCGGUAAUGGUGUGGAGGUCAUUUAGAGGCAAAUGAAGUUGCUGUCAAGUGGUAUCCUGCGAACCAGUCGACUCCAUCGCCCAUUAUCAAUGCACGGUAUUUAUGUUGUACUGCUAUGUGUAUUGCAUGCCUAGGGUAUUGAUUAAUUGCUGACGAAAAAGGACAAACCAGUGUGUUGAAUAUACCCGCAUACUUCAUCAUGCGGGGAUCCAGGUUAAGUGCUUCCAGUAUUCGAGCUCAUUUCAGAAGACUUGCAAGAACGUCCCGAUUCUCGCGUUGGUGCCGAUAGCGCCGCGGUCUGGAAAGUAUUGGCUACAUUUGUGUACGAGGCUUGAUCAUAACUGCACUGUCCCUGUGACGGGUGACCAUUGGACAAAACGUCGUUACGAUUUUACCGUUGUUAGUGGGCCGAUAAUGGCUGGAGGUUUGUGGUAAACACGCCGUACGCCUUUGUUUUGCACGGUAGGGUGAGUCGCUGCCCCGGUGAUAUCGAAGUAAUGACAGUGUGCACAGUGCAGUUUGCGCAAUGCUUUUAAUUUGGUCAACAGUUAUCUUUUCAAAUAAUCAGCACCCAGUGGCCGUACCAGCGAAAAGAAACAACUCAUUUCCUCAGGUGUCAUUUCUUGGAUAAGGCAUGUGCACACACAACGGAGUCAUUGGCGACUCAAUACUGUGCGGCAGAGACGUUGUAGCGCUUGUCCUCAACCAAUUUUACUCUUGGCCUAGCCCUUUUUCAAGGUUCCAGGGAGGGGUCGUGGUGCUACCUACCUAGCGACGCGUUCAACGUCGAGGUUCAGAGUAACCCCACGCGUCAUGGCAUGGCUCACCACAUGGCAUCGUGCGGACGAUGGCGACGUGGAGCCACCUGGAAAGAUAUGCAACGCCUUUCAUGACAACUGUUAGGCCUGCGCCUGACCUCCCCAAAUCGGGUAUGCGCGUUGGCCAAAAAUUCGACUCUUGCGUGUGUGUUAUGCGAGAGGAAUGUUGGACCGCACUACCUGCCUACUCGCCAGAUCGCCUUAGCCUAACCCUAACCCUAACUUGAUUUUUGACCAGGCAAU